GAGCCGGCCGUCACCCGUCGACUUAUGUAUAAGGGAGCGAACACGCAUCGUCGAACACUGAAACGCCGUCGUAACUGUCGUCCACUGCUGCGGAAAAUUGUUCUUCUUUCAUCCACUCCCUGUCGUUGAUAGCAAGCAUCUGGACAUGCUAGCGCUCCUUACGCUGGUCGGCAGACCACUACAAAAGAGAGAUGUGUGUACAGGAAACAAAUGCGGAACGCCGACAGACGGAAUCGCGAACCAAAGUGACGACCGCGACGAUGAGCAUGGGCUGGACAAGUACGUGGGGAUCAUCAUGGCGGUUGCAUUUGUGUUGGUGCUGUUUGUGCUGUGGGUGGCGUUUGCGCAGUGGCCAAAAUGGAAACUGCGACAGUGCUGCCGGCGAAGUGCCGUCCAGAAGAUCGAGGCCGUCGAUCUUACAGAGGCAGCUCAGAACGUGGCGAGACCAGCAAACGCCGCCUUCGUCGACGAGAAGAAGACGAAGCACGACGUAGAUGCAGAGCAAGGCCACCGUCGAAACAGACCCAGCGUCCAUGCUGUGAUCAUCAAUCGGUGACACCUGUGGUCUGUCGUCCAGUGUACGAGCUUUUGGGAAUCGGACUACAUACCCAUUAUUUAUCUCUGGAGGAAUCCAGAAUUUACGAGAACCUUGAAAAAGGAACACCGACGAACGGAGGAUCAUGAACAGCCGCAGAUCCCCGGUCAAGGUCGGACGACGCAAAAUUUAAUCCAAGCAUAAUGACCAGGAGGUUUAUUACAACAUAUCGUCAUCAUAUGUAGUCGUUUCGCACUAAUACUGCAGACUUACCUCAGUACUGCACACAAAACAGUAAGGUAAAACUGUCACCCACAUACAUACACCAUGAUAUACUUAAUGCCUUCGACUGCGUCGCCUAUC